GCAAAUGGUUGGAGACGUCACAUCUAUCCUCCUCGUCCAACUUCUAAUCAGGGCCUUCAUUUGCAUUCAUUAUGAUGAUUGCGUUGUAUUUCAAGGUUUUUUCCUUUCUUGCGGUGCUAUCUUACUGCGAGAGUAAUGCAAACCCAAACUAUGACAAGAGCUCAAAUUACCAGCACCAGUAUGAACAGCCUCGUGAACAGCAUCACCCUUCGCCACCUUCCUCUUCGAAUGUGCCGCGACUUAUCGGUCUUAAUGUGAAUGGCAGGAUGAAAUGCCUCUUGUGGGGUAAUCCCGGGACAUUCAGUCCCUCGGCACUGACACCGUUAUUUUCAUCUCCGAUUGCUGGAAAUGAAGAAGACAACAUCCAUGCUGACCACGAUUGCAGCCCUUCUAGACAAGUAGAAACACGAUUCGAAGGCAUUGGAGAACGAACAAGCCAGCAGAACGAUGAAAAGACAAGGUCGCCUUCGUCUUUGCUUUUGCCAGGGGCUGUAUUUGCAACUACGGACUAUCGGUUUCGAAAGGAUCGGUGGUACGGUGUGGAACGGAUCGGAAUGAUAUUUCGUUGGAACGUACCAUCUUCGUUGGCAUCAUCGAAUAAGAGCAACGGAGAAAGACAAGAAACAGCACUAUGUCGCUCUCGAAAAAGGAUAGCUUCGCUGCUGCCAACAACAAUAGAUGUCACGGCACAACACUCUCUGUUCUCUCCUCAUUCGUCGAAAUCAACCCGAAAUCAUCGUCGAAAGAACUAUUUCGCUCCUUUCGCAGACUCUGGUAACAUUCGUGUUGGAUGGCGAGAAAACGAGGAAAGCGAUGAAACAGAGUAUGACGAUGCCAGAGGCUGUAGUAAUAAUCCAUGGAUCCAGAUCGGGUUCGAACAACCUCUUUAUGCCACUACAACCAUAGAGAACGACGAUUUACUUUCUAUUGAUCAUAAACAAGGCACCGAUGAGCAGAAUCCUUUUCAUCUUCGGUUUUUUUUUCCUCUGAUUCGCCGGCGUCUUGAUUUACAGUGGACGUCUUUUUGGGGCAAUGGUAUCACCAAGGAUGAUUUUGGAAGAGACAGAGAUAUGGGAAAUAGACGACAAAGUGACGAUCCCUGGUGGAUGCCCCAAGUCAGCCUCGAUCCGUCAAUGGGAAUCUUCUCUUCUGAAAAUCGAUACCGAAACUCUUUUGCAGGAAGAGACGAACGACAAUAUUGCACGGAUUUUAAACUACGGCUCCGCACCACCAUGCCCACUCUACUCUCUUCGGUGAGCCCAUCCGAAGACGACGAUUUGCAAACUGCUUCCCUGCGAUUCGACUGUUCAUUCAUGACUGAUAGCGGAAAUAGUCGAACUUGCCGAUCACCAGGUUUUUCUACAGUGACAACAACUCGUUUCGAAACUAUUGUGGUCCCGUCCUUCUUGUGGCGCUCGGUGACCGAAACUGCUAGAUUUGGAUUAUUUCACGAACAAAACCAUGGCUUCAGAAACUAGACAAUCGAUCCUCCUUCUGUUCGCAUUAAUAGUUGCGGUUGAAUACACGCCACUUUAGUCUAUCACAUACUCAGGAUAAAUCGAAAAUCUUUGAUUUUCUCACUAUCGAAGGCUCGAAACGGUAUAUUCAUCAAUAAACUUCGGAUGAAAGACAUGAUCGCAUGACAAAAUAAUGUGAGGUGCCUUAUCACUUUACGCAAGUUUUUGUUGAAAGAAGUUCCGACACGUUUCGUACGAGGUCAUGAUGACGGUUGUUAGAGGGACAAAAUGCAAGACGCGUGCCCCUGCACCUCGAAAAAGGCCCUGUAUUCCACCUGAUCUGUAUGAGUGAAGAAGUGCAUCCGACAUACUUCUGAAUGAUGGACCGGAUUUUUGAACUGCUACGGAUUCUUUUGAGGCCUCCGGCAAGGAUGAUUCCGCUCCGCGUUGAACUUGAAGCCGGAGCUUGGCCAUGUCGAGGGGUGAAGUCAAAAACGAUGCUAUCGCACCUACGAAAACAAGAAAGGUGGAUAUGGCGCAAGUUUAGGGGGGGGGGGGGAUCGUUGCAAAGAAGAUCAAAAAAGAACCGUUUAGGAAAAACAUUCCAUUACGUACCAGCACCAGCACUAGAAAGGAUAGUCAAGUGAAGUGGAAGCGCUGUUGAUAGUUUCUUCUCCUCAUUUGCUUGUUGAUAUUGAUAUGUUCUGGACCAUGAUUUGAAUUUUUCGUAAAAUACAAAGUACUAAAUCAAUUUGAACAAACCUU